UCAAUCAAUUCCCAGACCAAGAACGGUGCCACACCCCUCUACCUAGCCUGCCAGGAAGGACACUUGGAGGUCAUACAGUAUCUGGCGAAGGACUGCGGGGGGGCCGACCCCCACAUACGAGCGGUGGAUGGAAUGACCCCAUUGCACGCAGCCGCUCAGAUGGGUCACAGUACGGUCAUUGUUUGGCUGAUGAGUUUCACGGAUAUCAGUCUCUCCGAGCGUGACACGGAUGGAGCCACCGCCAUGCACUUUUCCGCCAGUAGGGGUCAUGCCAAGGUCCUGAGCUGGCUCCUCCUCCAUGGAGGGGAAAUGAGCACUGACAAGUUCGGGGGGACCCCUCUGCACGACGCCGCAGAGAAUGGA